CUGCAACCGCAAGCACCAUCAUGAAGUUUGCCAUUUUCAUUGCUCUGGCUGCCGUGGCCGCCGCUGCCCCACAGUACGGCUAUCCCACCCCUGCCUCGCGAACACCCGCCCCCACACCCCCUCCCACACCCGCCCCCACACCUGGAUACGAAUACCAGGAGCCUCAACAGACCUACCUGGCGCCCGGCACUCGCGCAGAAGGCGGCGAAGAAGCGCCAGAGGAGCCAAAAGAAGCCGUGCCGAUUCUGAAGGACGAGCGCGUGAAUAACGAAGACGGAAGCUACACCGUCGACGUCGAGACUGGCAACGGCAUCGUCAACUCGGAGGCUGGCUCGAUCAACGGCGAAGGCGGCUUUGUCAAAAGUGGACACUAUUCCUACACCGCCCCUGACGGUUCCGUGAUCGAGGUCAAGUUCAUCGCCGACGAGAACGGCUUCCAGGCGGAGUCCGACGCCCUGCCCGUGGCUCCCGCGUUCCCCCACGAAAUCCCCGACUUCGUCCUCGAGCAGAUCGCCUUCGCCGCUGAGGAGGACGCGCGCAUCGCCGCUGAAGCCGAAGCCGAAGCCAAGGUGAAAGCAGCUGAAGCGCCAUCGAACCUGUACGGACAGCCACAGUAAGAUUAACGAAGACGAACCGAAGAGGAGGAUAAAGGAAUCGAAGGAUUUUACACUCAUAUUUAUUAUGUGUAUGUUGCGUCUGAAGUGAUGCAUGUCUAGAUAUAAAAGAUGCAGUUACCAAACAA